AUGCAGCGUAUUAGCUCUACCAGUCCUCAUAAAAUUUAACCUCACUAAAAAGACACCUUAAAUCACAAAUAGAAACUUCUCGCUAAGAGGGCUGCUGCUAAGGUAAGUUCAAAAAUUAUUUCAUCUCCUCAUCUCAGUAACAACUAGGUGGGCUCGAAUGCUUUUCAUACUGGAUCACUGAUUGAAUAAUAAAAAAAAUAUUCCCAGACAUUGGUGCCCAAUACCAAUAUAGGUCCUUCUUCCUCAAUAACAUUGUAAAAUUCCGCAUAGAGAUCAAGCCAUUAAUAGCACCAUAGCAAUACGAAUAAUAAUGGGGGAGUUUUAACUUUUAAAUCUAACAAUACUCAUCAUCAACAUAUUGAUACUUAAGAAACUCAAAAUAGCAGGAAGACCAAUACCACUAAGAUCUAGACCUUUGACACUUAGUUUGAGGAGGAAAAGCUGAUAUAACCUGCAAAGAACACAAAUCUUCCAUAAAAGCCGCUCUAUAGUUAUGAAAGUAGCAAUAGAGAUUCUAAAUUUUCAACUGAUUUGCCUAUUGUCAGUCAAAGCAGGCAUAAACCAACUCAGAGUUAUGUCCCCCCAGUAGCUAUGAGCUCGGGCAGUUCAACCUCCAAACUCACAGAGGGAGAGAAGAUGCUGAGUAAGAGACAUCAAAUGAGGUUGACCUCUGGGGAUUCGAAGCGAGAGAGCCACCACAACUUAACUAGAAGCUUAAUUGACGAGGGAAGUGAAGAUUUUACCAAUAUAGAAGAAAGAUUACAAGAAGAUACUAAAAUUUCUUGCAGAAAUGCUGUUGCUAGUUCUCUAAACAAUGUCUCCCAAAUUCUUAAACAAGCCAAACGAUAAAGCAAUAACUUUAAAAACAGGAGAGGCACAACAUAAUCAAAUAUGAGCAGACCCAGCAAUUAACCUAGUAAAGAAGAUACCUUUGAGACAAGUUCCUUCUUUGAUGAGGGAGUAAGUCAAAAAAUAGUAUAACAGUAGACAGGCUAAAAUAAUUAAGGUAGCAUCAUUUCUCCUCAUAAAUGCAAUCAAGUAGAGGGCUAUAAUCUGCCAACUAUCUUCAACACUUUGAUGUUCGGAAUAGAUUAAUCUAAAGUAAGCGACAAUGUUCGUGAAUCCUUUUCUAAUAUGUCUUCAAAAGGCAGACCUUCAUCUUAACUUAAACAACAUAAUAAUACUAAUAACGGAAGCCAAGUAGGGAAUGGUACUCAAGCAUUCUAAAAGAAGAUGAGUACUAAGUUUGCUUAGCAUCAAAUCGAGCAAAGGCAAUCAUCAAACAGACAGAGCAUCGAGCAAUAGCAAAACUAGCAGAAAAAUGAUUAGUAAAGGUAAACGAACUAGAAUGGAAAGAACCAAAAUAAUGCUGCUAGCUCAGGAGGAGGAUUAGCUUCAUUAGUAACUAAAGUCGAUAAAUCCCCUAUUAUAGUCUUUGACUAAAGCCAAAACAAUCACCAACAGCAACAAUAAAAUCUGUCACAGCAAUAUAAACUUAAUCUUAAUCAGUAGUAGCAAUAGUAACAGCAGCAAUAAUAAUAGUAACAACUAUAAAAGUAACAGAAUAGUUAAUUAACUUUGCCAAGAGGCUAAUAGCAUGAAUCAAGAAAUUAAGAAAAAGUAAAAAAUUCCUCGAACUCAUCACGCUCGAAAGCAAACAACUUAAGUCCAGCUCAUAGUCCCCUCAGCAGACAAAGCUAGCUUUCAAUGGCAGCCUAGCAAAAUCUAAGAAUUGAGUAGCACAUUGAAGCAGUUGAGAGCAUGAACACCGACAAUGCCUCGAAUAUGAAUUAGAAUAACAACUUCAUGUAUAAUAACAGCAGUGAAUAGAAUAAAUAUCAGAUAAACAAUUCUGACAGGGAAGAAGAUGAAGACGAAGAUGAGGAAGAGAAUGAUCAAGUAUAGGCAGCUGCUGCCAACUAGAUCGAAGAUUUCUAGAGUUCAGAGCUGCACAGAAAUCACUUGAUUUAGACUCUGCAGUCUCUGCAGUACAUCAAGACUCUUCCUCCUGUGAAUAAAAAUGAUAUUAAAACUAGGACAGUCAAGCUUCCACCUUUCAAAAAUACCAACAAUGAUAUCGAGAAUAAUCCAUGCGACGAGAUUAUAAAUGUAACCUUCCCUAAUGGAGAUACUGUCUAAGCUGGAAUCAACGUGAGACCCUAUGCCAUUGAAUGCCUUAAAAAAGCAAAUGAAAACUAUUAGGUAGUAGUGUUCACUGCCUCUCACAAGGCCUACGCUGAUGUGGUUCUAGAUAGUCUAGAUCCAACUCACUCCUUGAUAUAGUACAGACUAUACAGAGAUCAUUGCAUCCGUACAGAGGAGGGUAUUUAUAUAAAGGAUUUACGCAUAAUCUCCAACAGACAGCUAAAAGAUCUGAUUAUUGUGGACAAUGCUGUGUAUUCAUUUGGAUACCAAUUGGAUAACGGCAUACCAAUCAUACCUUUUUAUGACGACAAGACUGAUGAGGAGCUAAUGCACCUUAUUUUCUACUUUAAUUGUCUUGCUUAGUGUAAUGAUGUCCGAGAAUAAAAUAGAAAGGCUUUCUAAUUGAAAGACCUUUAAGAGAUCGACAUUGCUGAAUACUUAUAAUCAAUGAUGAGUACUGGCAAUGGCUCAGGCAAGAAUAACAAUAACGAGGAUGAAGAUAACGAAGAUGAAGAUGAACAAUGA